AUGCUUCGAAGACGAGUUGCUGCUUGGUGCGUGAUAUUUGUCCUUACCAGCUGGUGGCAAACAGCAGAGCCUCAGCUAGCAGGAAUAAGAACACUACUCGGGUUUCUCCGUGACAGUGAUGAGCGUUUGCAGUACGAAAUGCCGAGCCAACCAACUUUGCUAGCGGCGUACGAUUUCAUCAUCGUUGGUGCUGGAUCGGCAGGUUGUGUUCUAGCAAACCGGCUAAGUGAGGUGCCGGAUUGGACGGUGCUCUUGAUCGAGGCGGGCUCGCACGAGAGUCUCCUCAUGGACAUUCCGAUGGCGGCACACUUUCUGCAAAACUAUGAUAUCAAUUGGGACUAUCGGACGAAACCGAGCAAUCGAUACUGUCUCGCGUUCAACAACAAUCAGUGCCGGUUUCCUCGUGGCAAAGUGAUGGGUGGUUCGAGCGUCAUAAACUACAUGAUCUACACCCGUGGUAAUCGUCGGGAUUAUGAUACGUGGGCAGCAAUGGGAAAUACUGGAUGGUCGUACCGGGAUGUUCUGCCGUAUUUUAAAAAGCUUGAGCAAAGCGUUGUACCAGAUGCAAAUCCCAAAUACGCUGGACAGAAUGGUCCGGUUACGGUAUCCUAUCCCAACUACCGGUCCAACGUGGCACGAGCUUUUGUGCGAGCGAAUAUCGAAACAGGUGUCCCGUACGUGGACUAUAAUGGUCCAAACCAACUCGGAACCUCAUUUAUACAGAGUACCACCAAAAAUGGAGAGCGCGUAAGUUCCAACAAUGCCUACCUGUAUCCGAUACGAAAUCGAACAAAUUUGCAUGUUGUUCGAAACGCACAAGUCACAAAGAUUCUACUGAAUCGCGACACGAAAAGGGCCACAGGUGUUCAAUAUUACGCCAACAAACGUUAUCAUAAAGUUCGCGCCAGACGCGAGGUGAUCCUCUCCGCCGGUACGAUCGGUUCGCCGCACCUUCUCAUGCUGUCGGGCAUCGGUCCCGCGAAGCAUCUGCGCCUGAAAGGUAUACAGCCCGUCGUUAAUCUCGCGGUCGGGUACAACCUACAGGAUCACGUGGCGGCCGGUGCUCUAACGUUUCUUAUCGAUCGCACCACAACCCUCAAAUCGGAGCGCAUCUUUACGCUGGAAAACUUUAUGGAGUACGAACAAACACACACAGGGAUGAUGGCAUCCAUCGGAGCCUGUGAGGCACUAAGUUUCCACGACUCAACGUCAUGGCAGAAUGACAGCACCCCCGGCAGCAACGAUGGGUGGCCCGAUCUGGAGCUGCUGCUAAUCGGUGGCACCCAUGCUGCCGAUCGUGCCUACGAAAACAACUUUAACUACAAACCAGCCACAUUCAACGCGCUUUUCGGCGAUAUCGAGCGUCGUGGGUUGGAGGGCUAUACGAUAUUUCCGAUGGUUUUACGACCUCGCAGCAAGGGCCGAAUACGGCUGUCCAGUGACGAUCCAUUCCAGUAUCCGAUCAUACAGCCGAACUACUUUGACGAUCCGUACGAUCUGGAAAUUUCGGUACGGGCGAUCCGAAAAGCGAUUGAGCUCACGCAUACCAACGCGCUGAGAAGAUACAAUGCUCGGCUGCUACCCAUCCCUAUACCGGGGUGUGAGCAGUUCCGGUUCGAAACGGACGACUAUUGGAAGUGUUUUACGCGGCACGUUACUUACACGAUCUAUCACCACGUGGGUACGUGCAAGAUGGGCCCGGCAGGUGAUCGGUUGGCGGUGGUUGAUCCUCGACUACGUGUGCACGGUAUAAAGGGUUUACGAGUGAUCGACGCGAGCAUUAUGCCCAAUGUGCCGACAGGCCAUACUAACGGACCAACGAUCAUGAUCGGCGAAAAGGGUGCCGACAUGAUAAAGGAGGAUUGGAAAAGGCAAUAG